AUGAAAACGAAAACUUCCAACAUUCAAGAAAAACGUCCUUUGGAAGACAUCGAGGCUUGGAUUCUGGGUAGUGGGACCUCAUCCCUGGCAUCGGCAUACUUUCUGAUCAAGCAGGCCAGAUUACCACCGGAGAAGGUGCAUGUUCUAGAGUCAUGCGAUUCGAUCCAGCAAGUUAUUCAUCUUAGUGGCGAUGCUUAUAGCGGGUACGAUCAGCUUGCCGGGUGCUUACCUGCCCCAAUCGGUGAACCUUUAAAAGAGAUCCUCGCCGAUAUCCCGUCCUCAAUUCUAACUCCUGACCGGGCGCAGAGCUUUCUGCAUGAUAUCGAGUCAGCCGAAGUAAGAAGAAGCCUCAGGAAGCAAAGCAGCGGUAUUAGCAUCCUGAUUGAAAAGAAUCACCUGCUGAAGAAGAUUGCAACCACGUCGUUGAACUUGAGUUUGAAGCACCGAUUGAAUCUAAUCCGGUUUAUCUCCAAGCGGGAGAAACGACUAGGGAGAAGUCAGAUCAAGGACUUUUUGCCUGAAAGCUUUUUCCAAACUUCCUUUUGGGCUAUCUGGUCUGCCCAAUUCGGUCUCCAGCCCUGGCAUAGCGCAACCGAAUUUAGGCGUGCUCUCCGCCAGUACCUUGGGGGGUUCCACAGUCUAUCUAUUUUGAGUUGUCUUGAUAUUACAGGCCACUACCAAUACGAAUCCAUAUUUCUUCCCAUCUUCCUUUUCCUACAAAGCCUACAUGUUGAUUUCCAGUUCGAUACCAAAGUUACAGGCAUUGUAACCACGUCUGACAAUGAUAUUCGAAAGGUUUCCAGGCUUGACGUGAUUCAAGAUGGAUUCAAACGCCGCAAAGACAUCGGACCGCACGAUGUCGUGAUAGCAACAUUAGGGUCAACUAUGUCUGGAACCGCAAUAGGAUCAAAUGACGAAGAGCCAGUUAUCCUAUCACACUACCCGAACGAGGAACUCGAUGAAAACUGGUCAAUAUGGCUCGCGCUUUCUUCAAAGGACAAGGAAUUCGGUAACCCCUAUAGCUUCUGCACCCGCCGGUCUCAAUCGAUGCUAGAGUCCUUUACCAUCACGACAGAAGAACUCACCUUAUUUAACUACCUGACAUCGGUAUCAUUAUCCACUUCGACAACAGGGGCCCUCAUCGUCCUCCAAGAAAGUCAGUGGAAGCUCAAUCUCUGUAUACCUGCGCAGCCAGUGUUCCAUGACCAGCCUCCAAACGUACGCGUUCUCUGGGGAUUUGCACUUUUCCCAGAGUGUAAGGGGAACUAUGUCAAGAAACCGAUGAUUCAAUGCUCGGGUGCGGAGAUUCUAGCGGAGGUUCUGAAACAUGUGCGCUUCCCAACUGAAUUGCUUUUCCGACAUACGGUGACUAUUCCACGUGUUAUGCCGCGGAUGAGUUCCCUCCUACUUGCUCACUCUUGUGAUGAACGCCCGGCGCCUACUCUUCACAACACCUCUAAUAUCGGGCUGGUUGGGCAAUUCGUUGAAAUUCCGGAAUAUAGUUGUCUUGACAUGAGUUAUGGUGUUCGUGCGGCGCAAAUAGCGGUGUCCCAGCUGCUGGAUCUCGCUGUGCCUGCAGUUAAAAUGAGGAGGUCACAGGCUAAAGUUUUCCUUAGAAUCCUGCUAUGGAAAUGA